UCACACUUAGAUACUGUAGGCUCGCAUCAGGCAUCCAAAACUCUGAUUCUAAUCACACCCUAUUCACUCCACUCUAAUCUCUCACCAUCUCUAACCCGAAUUGCCACCUUCGUUUAGGGUGAGAGGAGCUCCAAGCCGUUCUCGGAGCAAUCGCGAUUCAAUAGCCGUGACGUUCGGUCUGUUCGCGACAUUGGACCCAUCCGAUCGUUUCCGUGCGGAGCUCACGGAUUGGCUCCUUCUUUUGGACCUUACGUCGCGUGAUUCGCGGUGGGAGUGCGUUUCUGCUGCGUUGCGAGGAUGUGGGCCGCAGUGGGGGGAGGGACGAAGACGAGAGCGGGUUCGAAGAUUAAGGAAUCGACACCACCUGGAUACACGAGACACGCGAGUCACGCGGGGAGCUGGUACACCGACGACGCGGAGGAUUUGGGCGAGGAGAUCGAGGCGUGGCUGGCGGCCUCGGGGGUGACGCCUGACGCCGCCGUGCGCGCCGUCAUCGCCCCCCACGCGGGCUAUCGCUAUUCAGGCCGAUGUGCUGCCUAUGCCUUCGCACACUUGCACGCACCAUCCAUCCGUCGCAUCUUCCUCCUAGGUCCCUCCCACCACCACUACACUCGCAAGUGCGUGCUGCCACGAGCCACCUCCUUCCACACCCCCGUGGCCCCCCUGCCCAUCGACACUCAAGUGAUUUCGGAGCUGAGGGCGACGGGCGAGUUUGAGGAGAUGGGGCGCCACGUGGACGAGGCGGAGCACUCGCUGGAGAUGCACGCACCGUUUCUCGCUCACUUGUGCAAAGAUCACAAUGUAUUGCUGGUGCCAAUAAUGGUGGGGUCGCUGGAUGCUGCAGCAGAAGCCAGAUACGGCGGCAUUCUCUCCAGAUAUUUCUCCGAUUCGUCCAACUUCUUCUCCAUCUCCUCUGACUUCUGCCACUGGGGCUCCAGGUUCCGCUUCACCCCCUACGACAAGGCCCACGGCCCCAUCCACAAGGCGAUCGAGGCCAUGGACCGCGAGGGCAUGGCGCUCAUUGAGACGGGGAAGGCGAAGGCCUUCCGUGACUAUAUCGAGCGCACUGGGAACACUGUGUGCGGCAGGCACCCAAUCGGGUUGUUGCUGCAGAUGGCAGAGCUCUCCCCUUCACCACCAUCCAUCCGCUUUGUGCAGUACGAGCAGUCCAGCCACUGCCACUCCAUGCGCGACUCCAGUGUCAGCUAUGCCUCUGCUGUUGUCACACUCGCCCCCUCUACCAGAGCUCCUUCGACAUAGUCACAUCGGGCAACAGCCAGUGUCAGCUAUGCCUCUGCUGUUGUCACACUCGCCCCCUCUACCAGAGCUCCUUCGACAUAGUCACAUCGGGCAACAGCCAGUGUCAGCUAUGCCUCGGCACCCACAUAUGUUGGAUGCAAGACGCCAUGCACCCACAGCCGUUGCAUUCUCUGUUUAGUCACAGCAGCUCUUCGACUCAACAACGCAAGACGCUUCCUCGGCAAGUUACAAGGUUAACUUCAUCAUCAGGGGGCUUGUACAUAUUUCAUUUCUCCAACACGAUGUUGCACAUAACUUUGCAAAUUUGUAUAGGUUUUGUACAAUAACUCUUAUUAGAAAUCAUUACAUAC